AUGGCCUCCCGGUUGCUGCAGCUGCUGCUGGCGAUCGCGCUCGCCUCCGCUAGCGCAGGACUGAAACAAGAAAAGCGGAACGUCCUCGACAAGGAAAUUGGAAUAGCUACAACAGGCUCAGAGUCAACAGCGUCCGCCGAAGGCGUGUCAAGUCUGGAAGCAGGAGCAGAGCACUUAGGAAGAAGCAUAUUAUAUGGACGCAUUAAACCGGGUGGAGCUGCAGCAUCUGAAUCGGCAGCACAGUCUUCAGCAGCGUCAUUAGGCGGUGGUUCCGGUACAAUUAGCGGAUCUUCAUCAGAGUCAAGUUCAAGUGCUAUUGGAGGAGGAUUUAAUGGUGUCGGUAUAGCUGGAUCCUCUUCAGAAUCUUCAUCUGGCUCUUUUGGCACUGGCCUAGGAUACAAUGGUGCAUUUAGUGGGUCGCAGUCCCAGUCUGGUGCAAUAGCAGGUGGACUAGCUGGAUUUGGUGCAUCUGGAUCUAAGUCACAAUCAUCAAGUGGAUCUUUUGGUGGCGACUUAGGAGGAAUUGGCGCCGCUAUCAGUGGAUCACAGUCUGAAUCAAGUGCUACUGGUGGAAGCUUUCUAGGAAGACAUGGAAUCAGUGGUGCAGGGUCACAGUCUGGAGCAAGUUCGAUUGGAGGUGGAAUAGGUGGAAUUGGUGCAGCUGGAUCACAGUCACAAUCCGAAGCAUCAAGUGGAUCCAUUGCAGGUGGAUUUGGAGGCUAUGGUGCAGCUAUCAGUGGAUCACACACUGAGUCAAGUGCAAUUGGUGCAGGCUAUCUCGGAGGGCAUGGAAUCAGUGGUUCAUCAUCUCAAUCAGGUGCUAGUUCCAUUGGAGGUGGAGCUGGUGGAUUUGGUGCAUCUGGAUCUAAGUCACAAUCAUCAAGUGGAUCUUUUGGGGGCGGCUUUGGAGGAAUUGGUGCCGCUAUCAGUGGAUCACAGUCUGAAUCAAGUGCUACUGGUGGAAGCUUUCUAGGAAGACAUGGAAUCAGUGGUGCAGGGUCACAGUCUGGAGCAAGUUCGAUUGGAGGUGGAAUAGGUGGAAUUGGUGCAGCUGGAUCACAGUCACAAUCCGAAGCAUCAAGUGGAUCCAUUGCAGGUGGAUUUGGAGGCCUUGGUGCAGCUAUCAGUGGAUCACACACUGAGUCAAGUGCAAUUGGUGCAGGCUAUCUCGAAGGGCAUGGAAUCAGUGGUUCAUCAUCUCAAUCAGGUGCUAGUUCCUUUGGAGGUGGAGCUGGUGGAUUUGGUGCAUCUGGAUCUCAAUCACAGUCAGCUGCUGGAUCUCUUGGUGGAGGGUACAGAGGUCAUGGUGGAGUAGGUGGAAUUGGUAAAGCUGGGUCACAGUCAUCUGGCGGAGCUAUUGGAGGUGGGUAUGGAGGUCAUGGUGGAGUUGGUGGAAUUUCUGCAUCUGGAUCACAAUCACAAGCAGCAGGUGGAUCACUUGGAGGUGGCUAUGAAGGUCACGGUGCAGCUAUCAGUGGCUCACAUACUGAAUCAACUGCUAUUGGAGGUGGCUAUCUUGGAGGGCAUGGAGUUAGUGGAGCAGGAUCACAGUCUGGUGCAACCUCUGUUGGAGGCGGAAUAGGUGGAAUUGGUGCAGCUGGAUCACAGUCACAGUCAUCUGGUGGAGCUAUUGGAGGUGGAUACGGAGGUCAUGGUGGAAUAGGUGGAAUUUCUGCAUCUGGAUCACAAUCACAAGCAGCAGGUGGAUCACUUGGAGGUGGCUAUGAAGGUCACGGUGCAGCUAUCAGUGGCUCACAUACUGAAUCAACUGCUAUUGGAGGUGGCUAUCUUGGAGGGCAUGGAGUUAGUGGAGCAGGAUCACAGUCUGGUGCAACCUCUGUUGGAGGCGGAAUAGGUGGAAUUGGUGCAGCUGGAUCACAGUCACAGUCAUCUGGUGGAGCUAUUGGAGGUGGGUAUGGAGGUCAUGGUGGAGUAGGUGGAAUUGGUGCAGCUGGAUCACAGUCACAGUCAUCUGGUGGAGCUAUUGGAGGUGGAUAUGGAGUUCAUGGUGAAGUAGGUGGAAUUGGUGCAGCUGGAUCACAGUCAUCUGGUGGAGCUAUAGGAGGUGGGUACGGAGGUCAUGGUGGAGUAGGUGGAAUUGGUGCAGCUGGAUCACAGUCAUCUGGUGGAGCUAUAGGAGGUGGGUACGGAGGUCAUGGUGGAGUAAGUGGAAUUGGUGCAGCUGGAUCACAGUCCCAGUCGUCUGGUGGAGCUAUUGGAGGUGGAUAUGGAGGUCAUGGUGGAAUAGGUGGAUUUGGUGCAGCUGGAUCUCAGUCACAGUCAUCUGGUGGAGCUAUUGAGGGUGGAUAUGGAGGUCAUGGUGGAGUAGGUGGAAUUGGUGCAGCUGGAUCACAGUCACAGUCAUCUGGUGGAGCUACUGGAGGUGGGUACGGAGGUCAUGGUGGAGUAGGUGGAAUUGGCGCAGCUGGAUCACAAUCACAGUCAUCUGGGGCAGCUAUUGGAGGUGGGUAUGGAGGUCAUGGUGGAGUAGGCGGAAUUGGAGCAGCUGGAUCACAGUCACAUUCAUCUGGUGGAGCUGUUGGAGGUGGAUACGGAGGUCAUGAUGGAGUAGGUGGAAUUGGUGGAGCUGGAUCACAGUCAUCUGGUGAAGCUAUUGGAGGUGGGUACGGAGGUCAUGGUGGCUUAGGUGGAAUUGGUGUAGCUGGAUCACAGUCACAGUCAAGUGCUGGAUCUAUUGGAGGUGGAUUUGGUGUAGGUGGUGCAAUGAGUGGUUCACAGUCUCAGUCUGGUGCUAUUGGAGGUGGGUACGGUGUUGAUGGAGGAAUCACUGGAUCACAGUCACAAUCCAGCUCAGGAGCAUUUGGUGGUGGUUAUGAUGGAUUUGGUGGUUCAUUUACUGGGUCUGGAUCCCAGUCUUCAGCUGGCUCACUAGGUGGCGGAUUCGGUGGUGGUUCAUUUACUGGAUCUCAGUCUCAGUCAUCAGCUGGUUCACUAGGAGGGGGACUGGGUGGUGGCUCUUUUACUGGGUCUGGAUCUCAGUCAUCAGCUGGUUCACUAGGUGGUGCAUUUGGUGAUGGUUCAUUUACUGGAUCUGAAACUCAGUCCUCAGCUGGCUCACUAGGAGGUGCACUUGGUGGUGGUUCAUUUACUGGGUCUGGAUCACAAUCGUCAGCUGGUUCACUAGGAGGUGGACUGGGUGGUGGCUCAUUUACAGGGUCUGGAUCUCAGUCAUCAGCUGGCUCAUUAGGUGGUGGAUUUGGUGGUGGUUCAUUUACUGGAUCUGAAUCUCAAUCCUCAGCUGGCUCACUAGGUGGUGGAUUUGGUGGUGGUUCAUUUACUGGGUCUGGAUCACAAUCAUCAGCUGGUUCACUAGGAGGUGGACUUGGUGGUGGCUCAUUUACUGGGUCUGGAUCACAAUCGUCAGCUGGUUCACUAGGAGGUGGACUGGGUGGUGGCUCAUUUACAGGGUCUGGGUCUCAGUCAUCAGCUGGCUCAUUUGGUGGUGGAUUUGGCGGUGGUUCAUUUACUGGGUCUGGAUCACAAUCAUCAGCUGGUUCACUAGGAGGUGGCCUUGGUGGUGGCUCAUUUACUGGGUCUGGAUCUCAAUCCUCAGCUGGCUCACUAGGGGGUGGACUUGGUGGUGGCUCAUUCACUGGAUCUGGAUCUCAGUCAUCAGCUGGCUCACUAGGUGGCGGAUUUGGUAGUGGGUCAUUUACUGGAUCUCAGUCUCAAUCAUCAGCUGGUUCACUAGGAGGUGGCCUUGGUGGUGGAUCAUUUACUGGGUCUGGAUCUCAGUCAUCAGCUGGCUCACUAGGUGGCGGAUUUGGUGGUGGGUCGUUUACUGGUUCUCAAUCCCAAUCAUCAGCUGGAUCACUGGGUGGUGGGCUUGGUGGUGGCUCAUUUACUGGGUCUUCUUCUCAGUCAUCAUCUGGGAGCUUUGGAGGUGGGUUAGGAGGAAACAGAGGAUUUCCUUUAGGUUUUUCAGGAUCAGAAUCCCAAUCUUCGAGUGUAGCAGGAGGAGCAGGUCAUUUUGGAGGUCUUUUGCCAGGUGGUAUAGGAGGUGGAGCUGGUGGUCUCUUUGGUUUGUUUGGAUAA